ACCCAUCUCAGCCACCGGCGGCGACCUCAGAUGGGCGCACGGGCGCGCCGCGCCGCCCACCACCGCGCUCGCCUCCGCCUCCGCCACUGCCACCUUCUCCUCCUCCUCCCGCUGCUGCUCCUCUUCCUCCUCCCGCCCCUCUCCGCGCUCCUCCUCCGCCGCGCCAACUCCCUGGGCCGCCGGUGCCUACCCCCCGCCGCAGGGCGCCGCCCCCUCGCCGGGCAGCGGCUCAGCUUCUCUAUCGUCACGCUCUCCGACGAGGGCCUGUCGGGCCGAGGAGUGCGGGGGCGGUCUUUCCGCGGCGUGCUGGCGGCCACCGCGCGGAACAAGCGCGCCUACGCGGCCGCGCACGGGUAUGGCCUCGCCGCGCUGCCCCCCGGCGCGGUCGACCCCGGCCGCCCGCCCGCCUGGAGCAAGGUCCUCGCCCUCCGCGCCCGCCUGCGCCGCCACCACUGGCUCUUCUGGAACGACGCGGACACGCUAGUUACCAACCCUGACAUCUCGUUGGAGGAGAUUUUGUUCUCCGUGAUUGGGCAUAGUGAUUUUGAUGCAUCGCCUGAUCUCAUUCUGACAGAGGAUAUCAAUGGGGUUAAUGCCGGACUGUUCUUCAUAAGGAGGUCGAAAUGGAGUGAGAGAUUUUUGGAUACAUGGUGGAACCAUACAUCAUUUGUACAAUUUGGUUCCACAAAAAGUGGGGAUAAUGCAGCACUGAAGCAUAUCGUGGAUCACUUGUCACCUGAAGAAACACAAGCACACGUCCGCAUAGCAAAAAUGCAGUGCCUCUUCAAUUCAUACCCUUGGGUUGCUACGUGGAAAUCAGUUCACCGCCUGAUCUUCCACCCGUCCACUACAUGGAAAGGGGCUUAUUCAGAUGGAGAUUUCAUGGUCCAUUUUGCCGGCCUAAAUGACAAGCGAGGCUGGACAUCAAGAAUUCUUAGAGAGAUAACUCACCGAUGAGGAUAAUUACCCCAAUUUUAAAACGAUCGAUGGAGGAUCCAGAAGUUUAUGUGACUAGCCUGAUUGUUUUUGCAUCAUAUUCUGUUGUAGACUGCCAUUUUAGUUGGACAGCAUGUUCCGUUUCUAAUCAGCUAUAUUAAAAGGUUGUCUCCCACUAACUACUUCUGCAAACCUCUCAUCCAGCCAUGUUAUAAAAAAUACUCGACAUUCAUUUCUGGACAGCUCUUAUGCACAGGUGUUUGAUUCAGAAGCACAACACAGCCAUCUGCCUCCUUUAAUACCUUAUCCACCGAUCCCUCACAUCCAACAGAUCAACAUUGCAACACGACAUCAACUUAUCAAGGCUUCUUUGUCAUCACCGGGGAAUGUGGAGCUGCUGCUGCUCUACGACUUACUAUGUGGUUAGUGUAAAAAGUGUCAGCAUUGGACCUUGGCAUGCCACUGACAUUCUUAAGAGGCAUCUGUUGUCGUCCACUUCGUGUGUGUCUGCGAAUCUGCAGGUCCCGGGCCGGUCUCUACUGCGAUGCCAUGAUCGGAGACAUAUCCUCCCGUACAUCGUGGGCGAGGAUGAACAUGACGAUGAGCUACCUGACGAGGAGCCGGCGUUUUUGCCGGUUGAAUGACCUCACCAUGUUGACCGCCUCUUCCUCGACAAGUGCCAAGGAGAUCUGCGUGUGCCACGAUGAGGUCGUUCAACCAGCAAAACAGCGGCGGUCAUCAUGUUCUUGAGAACUGGGUCUCACCCCAUUGGCUAGGCCUGCAAGGAGUGCAGUUAGCCCACCCGCGUCCGGCCAGCCGGCGUCAGCGGUGGCGACCCCAGAGUCGGCAAAGUGUACCUCUCCACGGCGUCGUGUGGGCCUGCGGCGUAGCAGUUGGUGAUGGCGAAGCGGCGCUCGGCUCCGGCUCCUGUUUUCAAGAAUGAGGAUUUUGGUUCUGCACAUGAAGUAGUGAGUGUAUGAUUGUGUAUGCGGAAGGCAAAAAGAGCCUCCGAGAUGAUACCCAUGAUUUGCUCUAGCUCGAGCCUGUCUAUGAUUUGUUUGUGUGUCGUCUGAUUGUGCCAAUGUGUUCUCGUUUAUGAGCCUGUGAUCUAAAGCCGCAUAAGGAGUUUGAAAAUUAGUUAGAUUAUGUGGCUAAAGAAGUUUGAAAAUGAAACUGCAUAUUAUUUUC